AUGCGUAUGAGCUGCAACGGAUGUCGAGUUCUUCGGAAAGGCUGCAGUGAAAACUGCAGCAUAAGGCCUUGUCUUCAAUGGAUCAAAUCCGCCGAAUCUCAAGCCAACGCCACCGUCUUCCUCGCCAAAUUCUACGGCCGUGCCGGCCUCAUGAACCUCCUCAACGCCGGUCCCGAUCACCUCCGUCCUGCGAUAUUUAGAUCAUUGUUAUACGAAGCAUGCGGGAGGAUUGUGAAUCCGAUUUACGGAUCCGUCGGGUUGUUAUGGUCAGGAAAUUGGCAUCUUUGUCAAGCGGCCGUGGAGGCUGUGAUGAGAGGCUCUCCGGUGACUCCAAUCGCAUGCGACGCGGCGCUUACUGGUCAAGCUCCUCCUUUUAACAACAGCAACAAGCUCUUCGACAUACGACACGUGUCGAGAGACGAGAACGUCGUGAAGAGUCGGUGUAGGUCGAGCCGUGGUGGUGGUGCAUGCAAAGAAGAGAGAAACGUGAGGUCGUCGCUGAGUCACGAGUCGUCACUGAGUCACGAGUCGACGGUGGUGAAGGAUGAAGGGAGCAUGGUUUCGUCGGAGGAGACGACGAUGACGACGGAGGAACCAGCUUGGAUCGGGCUCGAGCUGACUUUGGGGUUGGAGCCUCCGGUGGCACGUGGGAGUCAUGUGGUUGUGCCGAUGAAGAAAAGGAAGCUAGAGAGGUGUGGCACGUGCGAUGAGGAGGACACGUGUAAGAUUGAGCUAGGACUCGUGUGUAGCGAGUGA